CAUCAGUGCCGCUUUUGUAUAGAAACCAACAAAAACAUCCUUGUGCGUUCUUAUCAACUUGUAAAAGAAAACUACAAAACUCAUUAAAUAUGGGCCCAACUUUCUUGUGUCUUCUUCCUUCUGUCCCUUUCAUCCUCUCUGUUUGCUGCGAUAUCUCCCUUCUCUUAUCUAGAAAGGAUAGUUUAAAGUGCAGAAAGAAUUGAAAUCGGUAAGUGGGUUCUUUGAUAACUUCUUUUGUCGAAAUUGUGGAAAUGGAUUCUUCCAUGGAGCAGAACAUUCUUGUUACUGGUGGUGCUGGGUUCAUCGGGACACAUACUGUUGUUAAGCUUCUGAAAGAGGGUUUUAAGGUUUCCAUCAUUGAUAAUCUUGAUAACUCUGUUCUCGAAGCUGUUGAUAGGGUUAGGGAGCUCGUUGGUCCUAAUCUCUCCAAGAAGCUCGAGUUUAAUCUGGGUGAUCUAAGAAACAAAGAGGAUAUUGAGAAACUCUUUUCCAAGCAGAGAUUUGAUGCCGUGAUCCAUUUUGCGGCUCUUAAAGGUGUGGGUGAAAGCGUUGGCAUCCCUCGCCGCUACUAUGACAAUAAUUUGGUCGGAACAAUCAAUCUAUAUGAGACCAUGUCAAAGUACAACUGCAAAAUGAUGGUGUUUUCAUCAUCUGCGACCGUUUAUGGAGAACCUAAGAAAAUUCCAGCGUGCGUGGAAGACUUUCAAUUAAAAGCCUUGAAUCCUUAUGGUCGUACUAAGCUGUUUCUUGAAGAAAUAGCUAGAGAUAUCCACAGAGCGGAACCAGAGUGGAGAAUUGUUUUGCUGAGGUACUUCAACCCUGUGGGAGCACAUGAAAGUGGAAGAAUUGGUGAGGAUCCAAAGGGAAUCCCCAAUAACCUCAUGCCUUAUAUCCAACAAGUGGCUGUGGGACGUCAACCUGAGCUCAAUGUCUAUGGACAUGACUAUCCCACCAAGGAUGGUAGUGCGGUAAGAGACUACAUCCAUGUGAUGGAUUUGGCAGAUGGACAUAUCGCUGCGCUAAGGAAGCUAUUUACUGAUCCGAAGAUUGGCUGUACUGCUUACAAUCUGGGUACUGGAAGAGGAACCUCUGUGUUAGAAAUGGUUGCAGCCUUUGAAAAAGCUUCCGGCAAGAAAAUACCUAUGAAGGUCUGUCCGAGAAGGCCAGGAGAUUCAACGGUAGUUUAUGCUUCAACAGAGAAAGCUGAGAAAGAACUUGGGUGGAAGGCAAAAUACGGAGUGGAUGAGAUGUGCAGGGAUCAAUGGAAUUGGACAAACAACAAUCCAUGGGGUUACCAGAAGAAGCUUUGAAUGUACUCUCUCUGUUUUCUAUUUAGUUACCACUUCUUAUCACUCAAUAUAAAAGAAAAGUGUUAAUACACCAUAUAGUGUUUGCUUUAUCUUCCAUGUAUCGAACCAUAUAAACUUUUCCAUGUAAAUAUAGGAAAUAUGCUUCUUUUUUUUAA